AUCCAUAGAAAAGAAAUACACCGAUAUGUUCGGGACCGAAAACGGAGACCAGCGAGUUUUGGUCUUGCCGGGCAAUCACUGAUUAAUUGAAAUGAAAUAACUGGCUGAAACCCCUAUUUCCAUCCAUCCAUCCAUCCAUCCAGAUCACAAAACCCUAAACAACACUAGCAGCAGCAGCACAAAAGAAUAGAUGGAUCACGGUGGUGGUAAAGCUGUUGUUGUUACUGAUAAAGAUUUAUUAGCAAAGAGACCAGGUGUCCUCCUUCUUGGUUCCUCCGCCGUCGGCAAACGCACCCUUCUUUCUCGAUUACUAUCUCUAGAUUUUGAAGAUGAUGUUGACUCAUCUUCAGUCAUUCAUUCUUACGGGUGGACAAUCAAUACAAAGUAUUACACAGCUGAUAUAUCCAUGUGGAUGGCUCAUUUAUCUAAGGAAUUUUCGAUCACAGGGAUGCCAAUGUUUGAUCAAGUGGCAGCCUUGGUGAUGGUUUUCGACCUCAAUAAUCUAUCUUCAUUUUCCGAACUUGUGAAAUGGGUUUCACACAAUGAUAUUCGGAAUUUUGACAUAUUGUUAUGCAUUGGAAACAAAGCAGAUCUUGUUCCAGGUCACCCAGCCCAUGUUGAAUACAGAAGACGUCUACUCAAUCUUGAUGAGUCAGCGGAAUCUGGUUUUUCUGAAAUUGAAGGAAGUAGUUUACUGGGAGAUGAAGAAUCAUCAUUGUUGGAGAUUAAGAGGUCUUGUAUGGAAUGGUGCUUGGAGCAUAACAUUGAAUAUAUUGAAGCUUGUGCGUCAAAUCCUCGGUUUGACAAAUGUUUGUCGGUUGAUGGUGAUUCACAGGGUGUUGAGCGACUUCUUGGGGCACUUUCUGCUCAUAUGUGGCCUGGAAUGGUCUUGAAAUCUGGUGAUACUAUAAAACAACCUUCAUUGCCUGAACAAGAAGAUUCGUCAGAUGAAGAACCUGAGUAUGAAUUCGAGUAUGAAAUUUUAUCGGCUGAAUCUGUAGAACCGUGGAAUGAUACAGAUGUGGUAUGGGUUUCUGCAACCAUUGACACCCCAUCAACAAAUAAUACAGCAUCGGUUGGGAUAGAUACACAGCCAUCAACAUCUCAAUCACAGUCACAAGUACAAGAAGAGAUUGAAAUUGAAAGAGAAAGAGCAAUUACUGAACUGCUUGAACCUGAUGAAGUUGACGAGGGUGGUGCACAUUUUGAACUUGAGGAUAUGGAACAGUUGAUGUCUGAGAUUGGAAAUAUGCGUGAUAGCUUAAGGUUGAUGCCUGAUUUUCAGAGAAGGGAAAUGGCUGCAAAUCUGGCCAUGAAAAUGGCUUCAAUGUUUGGAGAUAGUAGUGGUGAUGAAGGAGAAAUAGAGCAAUAGAUGUUGCAAGAGCUGGAAAUGACACCCUUUAAGAGCUUAUAACUUGAAGAUUGGUGAUUUAUCCGUGAUUAUAUACAAGUCUUUAUUUGUUUCUCAUUAUAUCUGAACUCCGAUGAGCAUUAGAGCUACUGAAUAACUUGUAAACGAAGCUGAACUUCCUAAAUUUUGUGCAUCUAUUUCUUGGUAGUGGGCAUCUUGUAUUUGUAUUAAUGGAGAUGUUAGGAUGGCCGGAUGGGUGGAGAAUUUAUACAAAGUGGGAUCAUGACAUUUUUUAUUAAAGUCUGUGUGUUUUAACUAGAGAGAAGAUAAAGAAAAUGUAAGCUAAAUUGACUUUA